AAUUUGAGAAACAUAAAUUAGGAUUUUUCAAAAAGAACAGAGAUGAUCUUUUAUUUCGUUUUGUGGAUGACUUUAUUUAUAUUACUCCUAGUAAAGAACAUGCUCAGCAGUUUUAUCAAACAAUGGUAACAGGGUUAACAGACUAUGGGAUUACUGUCAAUGAAGAAAAAUGCCUUUCAAACCUUGAGAACGAUAUGGAUGAAUUCCCUUGGCUGGGUUAUCUUUUUAACACUCGAAAUCUUAAUGUCCAUCUUGACUUGGCAAAUGCCGCCUAUUCAGACCUCGUCUCUACGGUUACGGUCGACUAUGUAGGUAACAUUGAAAAGACUUUGCUCAACAGCCAAGCUAGAAAUAUCAAAAUAAAAAUGAACAAUAUGUUGAUUCACACCGACCUCAACACGAUCAGAGCAAUAUCUCGAAAUUUCAAAGACAUCUUUUAUCUUUCGGCAAGAAGGUUAGAAAUACAGACAAGCAAACUAUACAAAAGUCCUCGUCGCUUCUUUAACCCCCAAUUAAUUUUGAACACUAUUAUAAAAACUGCUAAUGUCGUCGAAAAAAGUAUACCCAAAACACUAAAAAAGGAAAAGGUGAUGAUAAAUUACUUUGUGAUCUAUUGGAUGGUGUUCCGAAAGAAACAGCUGUACAAGGAAAUAUGCGAUGGAUUGGAAUGGGAAAUCAGAGGUCGAAAGUUGGUUGAAUAAAGCUCCUCACGUUUAACAGAGAGAUGAUUUCAUAUACGUAAAUAAAGCAAUGAUUUUUAAUAGCAUGUUUCUUAAGCAUGAGAACAAAGUCCUUCGCUUAGGAUGAGUUAUGUAGGAUGAUAGUAAUAGCGAUGGUAAUAGUAUGUAUCCUUUGCUUGAUAAGGAGGCGGUGGCGUAAGCUCGUCUAGGCUUGGUACCUUUUGUAAACGUAUCUCAGCGUCUGUUUUAGAUCGUGUAUAAUUCAAUAGUUUGACCUCGGGCCUGUCAAGGGCCUCAGUAGAUAUCUUCCUAUGUCUAUGAUACAAAAUGAUGCCUUCCAGAGCAAUGCUCUAUGAUAAGAAAGAUAAAUGCACGCUGGUAAUACACUUUGGUUUUUUUUUUUUUUCUUUUUUACUGUGGUUGCUAAAAGU